AUGCCUUACGCACUUCCAGAAUCCCAUAAGCAAUUGGUCGAAGGCCAUUUGAAAGACACCGAUGCUGAUGUCUACAACAUCAUCCAAGAUGAAAUCGAUAGACAAAGACACUCUAUUGUGUUGAUUGCUUCUGAAAACUUUACAACCACUGCUGUUUUCGAUGCUUUGGGAACCCCAAUGUGUAACAAGUACUCUGAAGGUUACCCUGGUGCCAGGUACUAUGGUGGUAACGAACAUAUUGACAAGAUGGAAUUGUUAUGUCAAGAACGUGCCUUGAAGGCCUUUGGUGUUACUGCCGAUAAAUGGGGGGUCAAUGUUCAAACAUUGAGUGGUUCUCCUGCUAACUUGCAAGUUUACCAAGCCAUCAUGAAGCCUCAUGAAAGAUUAAUGGGUUUGGAUUUACCUCAUGGUGGUCACUUGUCUCAUGGUUACCAAACUGAUAGUAGAAAGAUCUCUGCUGUUUCCACUUACUUUGAAACCAUGCCUUACAGAGUCGACUUGGAAACUGGUUUGAUUGACUACGACAUGUUGGAAAAGACUGCUGUUUUGUUCAGACCAAAGGUCAUUGUUGCUGGUACUUCUGCUUACUGUAGAUUGAUUGAUUACAAGAGAUUCAGAGAAAUUGCAGACAAGGUUGGUGCUUAUUUGGUUGUUGAUAUGGCUCACAUCUCCGGUUUAAUUGCAGCAGGUGUGAUUCCAUCUCCAUUUGAAUAUGCCGAUAUUGUCACCACCACUACCCACAAGUCCUUGAGAGGUCCAAGAGGUGCCAUGAUCUUCUUCAGAAGAGGUGUCAGAUCUGUCAACCCCAAGACUGGCCAAGAAGUUCUUUACGACUUGGAAAACCCUAUCAACUUUUCUGUUUUCCCUGGUCACCAAGGUGGUCCUCAUAACCAUACCAUUGCUGCUUUGGCCACUGCUUUGAAACAAGCUGCUUCUCCAGAAUUCAGACAAUACCAAGAACAAGUUUUGAAGAAUGCUAAGGCUUUGGAAUCGGAAUUCAAGGCUAAGGGUUACACCAUGGUUUCUGACGGUACUGACUCUCACAUGGUUUUGUUAUCUUUGAAGGAUAAGGGUAUUGAUGGUGCUAGAGUUGAAACCAUCUGUGAUCAAAUCAAUGUUGCCUUGAAUAAGAACUCUAUCCCCGGUGACAAGUCUGCUUUGGUUCCAGGUGGUAUCAGACUUGGUGCUCCAGCCAUGACCACCAGAGGGUUGGGUGAAGAGGAUUUCAAGAGAAUUGUUGGUUACAUUGACUUUGCUGUUAACUACGCAAAGGAAAUCCAAGCUGGUUUACCAAAGGAAGCUAACAAGUUGAAGGACUUUAAGAACUAUGUUGCUUCUCACCCUGAUGACCGUUUGACAAAGGUCAAGGAAGAAAUCUACAACUGGGCUGGUGAAUUCCCAUUGUCUGUUUAA